UAAAACGAAUAAUUUUAGUGUUAUAAAUGGUAUUUAAUAUAUUGCAGUUUAGUUUAAAGAUUAUCAAAACAGCUCCACGUGAAUUUCUUUGCAAACUCCCACUUCCUCCGAAAAACCAACUCCGGUCGAUUCUUAAAGCUCAAAAUCGUUUAACUUGGCGCCGACGGAACGCGGCAUCGAAACGGCGGCAAGGAGUCCGUCCAAUAAACAGGAACAGUGACAUAACCAGUAGCCAAUCGGAUUUUGCAAUCGUGACAUAAACCUCUAAAAAUAGUCAAGUAUAUAACAUGGAGAACUGGAGGGAGCAGGUCACGUUUGAGUUUGGCGUUUGAUCGGACGGGGCUCUGUUCAGUCGACCGGCGGACGCGAACUGCGAUGUUUAUUAGAUCGAACGAAACGCGCGCCGCCGAACAAAUCAGUUGCGACCUGUUGUACGCGAAACUGCUUUGCGACGAGAAACAACUGCGGAAUCGGCGAAAACGUGCCGACGCGUGUUUAAUAUUAACGAAGAUAAUCAGUACGCUUAUUGUUAAAACGCCGGGCGUCGCGACGCUCGAGGAUCCUUCUUCUUCAUCGCCGAAAGAAACCGCAAUCGCUACUACAAUUGGCGACAGGUGGUCAAAACUUAGAUUCGUUUCACCUGAAGAAUACAAACGAUUUCGGUUACUUCACGGCGAAAAACCUUUACGUUUACCAGUGAGUUAGCACCUUUAAGUGGACUCGAAAACUAUUUAAAAUUUAAAAAAAAACUCACCUCUUUCUCUUCCCCCAUAUACGAAACAAUUGUGAUUUAUUAAUUAACUUUAAGUUUUAUAAAAGGGUUCUUUUAAAGAACCUUCCUCCCUCUCAUUGUGAUAUUAUUAAAAGAAAAAUAAAGCAAGAAAAGAAAUUAUUAAAAUCCCUGAAAAUGUACAAUUUGGAUACAAAUUUGGCGGCGUCCAACGCGACCCUAAACACAUUGCUGUGUGUUGAAACGGGGGCGACGCCGAGGACCCCGGAAAUACUCAAUUCGUUGAUGGCCAUGACGAACCCCUUGGACGGUUACAAUUUUGGAGACGACGCUCCGAAACAACCAAAACAUCAUCAUCACGGUACCAACACAAACAAUAAUAAUUCGUUUACGUCGGCUUCGAGCGAUUCGAAUAGUUCAAGUUGUAGCCAGCUUGAAUCGCCGACGAACAACGGCCCCAAUAGCGUUCAGCAAACAUGCUCGCAGUUAAUCAAAGCCGGACUCAAACUGACGAUCGAGCAGAAGCGAAAACACCAAAACGACAACGACGAUAUCUUGGACCUCGACCAGCAAUGUAAGAGGAUCAAGAGGAACGAUUGUAGCGAAAGCGAAGAGGAUAAAAUUAAUAAUUCGGGGUGGUUUUCAAACUAUACCAUCCCGGAUACGUUUACAAGAAAAACCGGAGGGAUAUCGACAAAUUCGGAUCAUUGGGGGGAUGUUGAAAGCAACAGCUAUAGCUUCACGAGAAAAUUAACCGCUGAAGACGAAGAACGUAGACGAAGACGACGCGAAAGAAAUAAAAUCGCCGCAACAAAAUGUCGUUUGAAGAAACGUGAAAGAACGGCGAAUUUGGUUAACGAAUCCGAAGUUUUGGAGAAACAAAACGUCGAUUUGAAGAAUCAAAUUCAAGCGUUACAAUCCGAACGGAUGAGUUUAACCUCAAUGUUACAAACGCACCAAUUAACUUGUCGAAAAAGCAUCCCGAAAGUCACCCGAGAUUCAAUUUACAAGAUUUCAACUUCUAACGUCAACAAUAAUCGUCAACAACAUUCGAAUUCUCCGGCCAUCAAUACGAAUCAUUCAAAUCACUCAAGCAACAAUCAUUCCUAUAAUAACAACAACAACAACAACCGUCAAGGAGGAGGGAUUGUUGUUGGUGAUGGUUAUUUGGAUGUAUUUAAUCGUCCAAAUUCGGGUGAUGUUACUUUUUCGCGACCAAUUGGUGGACAAUUUAUUAAUAAAACAACCCCGACUAUUAUCGUUGAAUCACCGACGACGACGGAAAAUAAUGAUUUUCAAACGCAUCUUACUAAUUUGGAUAAUAACAAUCAAAGUAAUCAACAACACAUUUACCAACACAACAAUUACAAUUCCGUUCAGUAUUCUGGACAGAAUUACGAUAAUGGUUGUUUGGCGUAAUUUUAAAUCAAUUUUUUUUUAACAAGAUGAGACGAUAAAGGUGAAAAUAAGAUGUGCAUAAUUUCUUUUUAUUGUUACCAGAUCUGAAAAAAUACCAAUGUCAAAUGGGCCUACGAUUAAUUUUUGUAUUUGUUAAAAACGCCGGUCGUUUUUUAAUGUGAUUAUGGAAAAUUUAUUGGGUAUCACUACAAUUUGAAAAAAAUGCAGGCUUUUUUAGGUUGUAUCUAAUUAUUUUAGACUUUCUUAUUUGCACAAAAAAGUUAUAAAAUGCAAAUUUAAUAUUUUUUUUCUGGCGAUAUUUAUGAUCAGUUCUUCUAGAAACACUUUAGCAUAUCAUAGAAUAUUUUUGUGGUUUAGCACUUAAACUGAAAAACUAACCAAUAGAAUUUAUUUUAAAUUUAUUCUAAUUUAUUUAACGGUUUCGUGAUAAUAAAUAGGUAAAGAUAAAUUGAGUCUUCUUGUUUGAAAUAAACUUAAAUUUAUACUUUUUGACAUUUUGAUAAGCAGAUUAAUAAUACCGUUAUGAUGCUCCAUUUUGUGGAAAUAGUAGGUGCUAAAUUUUAAUACAUUUAAUUUUUUCUGGCCUUUAUUGCUUUAUUCAGAUUGACUUAGUACGACUGUCAUUACUAAUUUCGGCAUGAAAGUGAUUCUCUUAGGAUAUUCAAACUUGCGCGCGGCAAAAUUGUGUCUUGCUAAGUUCACAUCAGUCUUAAAUUUAAAUUAUCUCUUAAUAAUAUGUAUUAAAUAUUUAAAAAAUGCAUAAUUACAUAAUUUUGAUGAAAAGUGGACAAAUUAAUAACUGACCAAAGAAAAACCGGCCUGGUGGCAACACUGUCAUCGAUAGACUUAGGUUGGUGAUUCUGCCAGACUCAGCUAUCAAUGCUUCAACUCUUCUCAAGUCUUCUUUUCUAUCAUUAUCGCUCAAUCCGCAUUUCUUAAGUUUUACACUUACAUCCUCUAUUUUACAGUAAUCUUUACAUUACACUUUUUUAUUUAUGUGGUCAGUCCGAAAUUUCAUCCGUUCUUCCUGUUGGUUACCUUUAGAAAGGGGCAGACGUUUCGCCAAGAUCUCACCUGGCAUUUUCAGUGCGUUGUCGUAGUCUCCUGUCGGCAGACUAUAAAUAAAUUGACGCUUAUUGGUGUACGUCAAAAUGGCAUUAAUCAAUGGAAAACACCUUCACAUUAUUUUAUAAAUGCAAGAGAAGUUAAUAAUAUAAAAGAAAUCGGAUUGGUGUGAAUCAAAACGGUUUUAAUCGAUAAAAAACAUCUUUAGAUGACUCAAAUUGAUCUAGAUGUAUUUUGAAAGUAUUUCAAAACCAACAAAAACAUAAAAAGAUUAUUGGUGUGUGUCAAAAUGGUAUUAAUCGAUGGAAAACACCUUGAGAUUAUUUUAUAAAUGCAAGAGAAGUUAAUAACGUUAAAGACAAGGUUUUCAAAAACACUUAAAAACAUAAAAAGCUUAUUGAUGUGUGUCAAAAUGCUACUGGUAAGGUUGGUGUGAGUCAAAACGGUUUUAAUCGAUCAAAAAUAUCUUUAAAUAACUCUGCGACAAUGAAAAAAAUAAAAAAUUGAUUUAGACACUAUUUCAAAAGCAAAAAAAAAAAACAUAAAAAGCUUAUUGGAGUGUGUCAAAAUGGUACUAAUCGAUGGAAAACACGUUCAGAUUAUUUUAUAAAUGCCAAUAUAAGUCAAUAACAUUAAAGGGGAUGUUUUAAAUGCCAGUUAAGAUCUUGGCGAAACGUCUGCCCCUUUCCAAAGGGAACCAACAGGAAGAACAGAUGAAAUUUCGGAGCGACCACAGCGACACAUUUAUUAAUAUUUUAUAUCAUUGUUUUAAAAGAAUCAACUAUGAUGGUGGUACUUAAUCCAAAAAUAGAGAUUUCUUCCUUUUCGAUAUAGUUUUUGUCCUUGGCAUAAGAUACAUUUCAAGAAUUUGGUGUUCAAUAACUUUCAACUUUGCUUAAUACACUUUAAUAAUUUAAUACUA